AUUACUUGGAAAUCUGGAACUGGUACCUAGGUCUUCUCUGAGGAUGGCACAUUUUCUAUUACCGUUUUAUAUCUAUCUUGGUCAGACUUUGAGGCAUUUUGCCAUGUUUUUAUUUAGUUCCCUUUCCUAUUUCAGGUACAGUGCUAUUAACUAUUUACUACUCAAAAAACAAAAACAAAAACAGAACAAAAACCCUACACAAAACAAAAAUACUGACUAAAGAAACUAAUAAUUAAAAAAUGGUAAAUAAAACAUCUGAUCUCUGGUAUAGUUACCAAUGUUUUAUUCUUUAUAAUUAAAAAUGCCCUACCAGUUGAAACGGAAAGACUCCUCCUUAAGAGCUUUGAGGAAGCAUUAUUGAAGUUAGCUUCCCUCCUCCAUUCCAGAGUAUAUUACAGGCUUUAUUUGUUUGAACUGGAGUUUAGCCACUGCUUUUAUCUUAUCACUGGAAGCCCUCAGUGCUUCUUCAGGCUAUUCCUUUUUAAUUAGGCUCAACAUGUUUUCCUUUAGAGUGCCUACUUAUAUGUUAAAAAAAAAAAAAAAAUUCUUUCUGAAUGUCCCCUGAGUUAUUUAACAUUGAUCAACAUGUAUUAUUGAUAGUCUGUGGAUAGCCCUGUAUUAGGGAAGCUAAAAUAAUAACAAUGAUAACUUGUAUAUAAGUGGUAGAGUUUUUUGGUUUGUUUUGUUUUAGGCCCAAACCUGUAAUUUCAUUGGUGGAGGGAAACUUCCUCAAUCAAGCUUAAUCACCAAGACUUGUCGCUGCAGUUCCAAGGAAAGCUAUUUGUAGUAAUAACACUUGUACAAAAUGACAACCCUGACAAUGACCAAGGAUGUACUCCAGGAGGAGACACAGGCAGAAGGUGGCAAUCUAGCAUUAUUUGAAUCAACAUCUGCCCAGAUUAUUGAAGAAACAGAAUAUGUGAAAAAGAUUCGAACCACACUAGAGAAGAUCCGAUAUCAGAUAUUUAAGGAUGAAGGCGGUCAUAAGAACACAAAUCACAAACUAGAUGCAAAGCUCUACAAUCACAAUGCUGAGGAUGGGCCUGUUUCCCAGGUGGAUACCUCUUGCUCCAGUUUUGAUCUGAUUAUGGAGAAAAUGAAAUGCAAAGACCUACAGCUCCUAGAAAUGAACAAAGAAAAUGAAGUACUGAAAAUCAAGUUGGAAGCCUCAAGAGAAGCAGGCGCUGCAGCAUUGAGAAAUGUUGCCCAGAAAUUAUUUGAGAGCUAUCAGAAACAGUCUGAAGAACUUAGAAAAAAGCAUGAAGAUGAUAAAAAGUUACUACAGGUAAGCAACCUUGAAAAAGAAAAGAAAUUUAAACAACAUGUAGAAAGUUUGAAGCAAGUAACAGAAAGAUUUGAAGGAAAGCAUAGCCAUAUCACAGAGCUGGAAAACCUUGUACAAAGAAUGGAAAAGGAAAAGAAAUUACUGCUAGAAAGAAAAGCGUCUUUGCAAAUCAAGUUGGAGCAGCUCAGAGUGAACUCUAAAAAUGCCAAGAGUUGUAAGGACCUUCAGACAGAGAUUUCCACUCUCCAGAGGCAAAUUUCCUAUUUGCAGUUUGUGAUUCAUUCUCAGCAUCAAAACCUACGCAGUGUGAUCCAGGAGAUGGAAGGAUUAAAAAAUGAUGUACAAGAACAAGAUAAGAGGAUUGAAACUUUGAAAGAAAAGGUGAACAUCCUUGAAGCUCAGAAUAAAGACCUAAAGAGCAAGAUUGAAUUUUGGUCAGACAACUCCAGGAUGAAAGUAUCUAAAGGAGUUUCCACAAGUGAAUUCAUGGCUGAAGAUACCUCUCCCUAUCUGAUGCUAAUUAGACUACGGAAAUAAACCUUGAACAUGUGUUGAAUUACGGGAGCUCCAGACUCUGAAAGACUUCUUAUUAUGAUGGCCUCUGUUUCUGAACUAUUUACUAUUUAAUAUAUUUAAAAAAACAUAGUCUAAAUGAGAAUGUUAAUUUGCUGCUGUCUCUGAUCUUCCAAAGGUUACCCAGGGGUGGCUUCUAUAAAGAAAUUUCCUCUGCUUGGUGGGAAGAGAAUGCUCGGAGCAGUCAGACAAGCAUUUGAGGAACAGCACUCCUUCCCCAGUGCUGGGAUUUUACCAUCCUGAACUAAUAGGGAAAUUUGCUUCUUCCCCAUGGAAAAACACUUGAUUCUCUUUUCAAACUUGGCGUACUGGAUGUAAAAUAGAACCUUGUAUAUUAUAAUUGCAAAUCACUGCAGUUUGUUUUCAUUUGAUAUGGGAGAUGAUCCUCUUACAAUGGUAAAAGGAAAUUUGGUUGCCCAGAAGCCUCCAAUCCACCAAGAAAUGACACUCUGAGAAUGGGAUAUUUUGGAUAAGGAACAGGAAGCACUAGGAGCUCCUAAAGGACCAUUAAAUAAAUUUCUGUGCUAUCAUAUUCUGCUGCAUUACUUAGAAUCAAGAUUGCAACUUGAAUGCCUGACGGGUCAAAGAUUGUCAACUUCAUUUUGUAAAUAAUUGUUCUUGUUAGGAAUGACAUCAAAUGAAAAAGGUGAUAGCAUAUAUUUAACUCUUAGAUUUUAAAGAAAUCUUUAAGAACUAGAAUGUGUCUAAUAAGAAAUGGUCCUCCCCCCUCCAAUUGCAUAGUUCAUUAUAAAAGGAGAUAGUAUAAGAUAGGGGAUUAGGAGACAGAAGAUCUGGAUUCAGACCCCAGCUCAUUCACUUACUCUAUUGGACUUGAGUAGGUCAACUAAAUUCAGGCCUCAGAGACUAAGUUUCACACUACAAAUAAAGAAACUGUCUUCCAGCUAUAAUUUCUAUAUGUUUUUAAGUAAAUCCACCAAAAUAGUACUUAUUUUUUUUGAUUUGUAAAAUGAAGGUGGAAUAGGUAGGUUGAGUCAUUUCCUAAACUGCAAAUCUGAUCCUGUCACUCCUGCUUAAAAUGUAAAAUAUCAAAUGGAUGGAGACACUGUGUUAAAAUUAAAUUUUAGAACCAGUUCUUUCCUAUACUAAUAGCCCAGAAGCUGUCAUCAGUAUUUGCUGUGACUUUUAAUUCAAUUUUUUUUUUUCAUGUUCAUUUUCUGGUGUCACUUUCUAGGACAUAAGUCUUUGUUCCUUUGGAGCCACAGUGUCUUGGAACAUGCCUUAAGGCAUGUUAUAGCUAUGGAAAACACCCAUUUCUUUGCUUUUUCUAUAACAAACUGAUGACAACCCAGGUGAUCAUAUGAACUAUAAAAUAGUAGACUUACAGAAAACUUUUCAGAUUUCUGAAGCCAGAGACACUCCAUAUUAGGAUACAGAAGACCCUACUCUUAAGCUGGUGUUCCACAGGAAGUACGUAAUUUUAAAUACAGGACUUUUUCAAGGAUUCAGUGUUUUUAGCAUUCCUUCUUAGGCACAUGUGGAUGGAAACUUUUGCCUUAUGGAUAGGGAAAUAUUAUUUAUCCACAUGCAGAAUAUCUAUUGCCUUUAGGUACUGGUUCUCUUGUCAAUACAUAAUUUUAGAUUUCAGAUAUGUUCAGUUAAGAGAUCAUCAGUUUGACUUAACCCAGUGACUUCCAGCUGAAUUCUGUUUUCUAAGGUUUCAUAUUAAAAGACACAGAUUUAACUUGUUGGAAUCUUGGUUUCACUCUCCAUAUUCAUUUUAUUUUACUAUGUAAAAAUACUGGGCCUAGCUUAGUGCUUUGAAAUGGAUAUAGAUACUCUAAUAUAUCCUAUGAACUAGGAACUGAAAUCUAUUAGAUGGUACUUCAGUUUUCUUGAGAAAAUGAGCAGCAAUUUCUUUUUUUUAGAAUUAGGCUAAUAUAAACAGGAGUGAUCCAGAACUGCAUUUUAAAUUUUAUAGUAGCAAAAGAAGGGCCAUAACUUGGACACAUGCUGCUUUUCCUGCAUCGUAUUUUUCAGGAUUGCCUUUUUUAAAAAGGCAAUUAUUUUAAAAGUUUAAAAAUUGUAAUGUCUACAGAAAACAGAUUUUUUUAUCUGAAAAAAUUUUGACAGGGCUCACAGAAACUGUUUUAUACUCUGAGCAUAGCAUAGAGAACAUUUUAUUGGCACGGAGGACUAUACUUUAUCCUUUCCCUACUAACCUCAAAGUAAAGAAUUGCAAUCAGUAUUUUGCAAAGUCAAAUUUGGGUUGGGGCUAGGAAAGUUUAUAUGGUUUUUUAAAUAUCAUUGGUGAUACACAUUUUAGCAUACAGAAAAGUCAUUCUGCUGAGAUCUUAUAUUGCCAAUUAAAAAAAAAAGAAAUUGUUUUUGCCUGAACCUAUGCUUUCUUUGGUAUAAUGAAUUUCCAAUAAGGAAAUUGCAUAUUCCAAUGCAGCCCAUUCUCUGCAAUUUAGUCUUGGAGAGUUUGCUGAAGGCACUCAGAGAGUGAGUGAGUAAUUUAGCUAAGAUCACUCAGCCCAGUAGGAUUCAUAGGUGGCCCUUAAGUGCUGUCUUUCUGAUUGAAGUUAGCUUUCUACUUAUAGCAAUGCUUAAAUUGUAAGAAAUGUUCAUAUUUAAAGAUUGGCAUAAUUCUAUACUAAUUUAUAGAUUUUUUUUGUUGUUGUUCAGUCAUUUCCAACAAUUUAUGAUCUCAUUUAUUGGGGGGUGGUUUGCCAUUUCCUUCUGAAGCUCAUUUUACAAAUGGGGAAAUUGAGACAGGCAGGGUUAAGUGACUUGCCCAGGAUCCCACAGGUAGCAGGUAUCUGAGGCUAGAUUUGAAAUCGGGAAGAUGAGUCUGUGGAUCCAGGUGUGAUACUCUGUGCAUUAUGGCGCCACCUAGCAGCCCUCAGUUUUUAGUCACUUCUUUAUAACGGGCAACAACAACAUUUAUGUGCAUGUGUUUAUGGGUGCUCACACUGCUGUAGUCUCUUCGUCGUGGCUGGUACUUCUUGAAGAGGACCAAUGACAUCAGGGGCAUGACUAGCACAAGACAGAACAAUGACAAGAUGUACACAUGCACUCUUGUACUUUCUUUCCUUUGCCUUCUUUCUUUCUCCUGCUUAUCCUGGAGUACAAUGCUGCUUAAACGAAAAAAGAAGCGGUGUAUAAUUGUGAAGAGGGGUUAGAUCUUUAAAGACCUGGGUUCAAGCCUCCCUACUGACUCACAGCCUGAGUCACAGUGUGACCCUGAACAAAUCAUUUAACCUCUAAAUGUCCCAGAAUAAGACUAUAAAUGUCUAAAUAGUUCUAGAUUCAGUAAUACAAUGAUCCAAGACAAUUCCAAAAGACUAAUGAUGAAAAAUGCUAUCCACCUGUAGAGAAAGUAUUGAUGUUGUCUGAACACAGACUGAAGCAUACUUUUUCCCUUCUUCCCUUUAGUCCCCAUUCCUGCUUGUCUUCCCCUCCUCUUUUUCCUUCCUUCCUUCCUCCCUCCCUCCUUUUUUUCUUCCCUCCCUCCCUCCCUCUGUUCAUAUCUUCUUCCCUCCCUCCCUCUCUCCUUCCCUUCCUCCUUCCCUCCCUCUUUCCUUUUCUCCUUUCCUUUCCUCCCUUCCUCUUUCCCUCCCUCCUUCUCUUCCUUCUUCUCCCUUUCUCUCCUUCCCUCUUUUCCUCCCUCCCUCCCUCCUUCUCUUCUUCCUUCCCUUUUUCCCUCCUUCCCUUCCUCUUUUCCUCCCUCCCUCCCUCUUUUCUUCCUUCCCUUCCUCCCUCCCUCCCUUCCUCCUUUCCUUCCUUCCUUCCUCCCCUUUUCCUCCUCCUUCUUCUUCCCUCUCCCCCCCUUUCUUUUUCUCAAAAUGACUACUGGAAAUGUUUUACAUAAUUGUACAUACAUAAAUUUUAUCACAUUGCUUACUAUGUUAGGGAGAGAGAAGGGAAGGAUAGAACUUGGAACUUAAAACUUAAAAGAAAAAAAAAACCCAAAUGGUAAGACUUAUUUUGACAUGUAAUUAGGGAUGAUAUUAUUUUAAAAAAUAAAUGCUUGGAUUGACGAGGUAAUUUCCACAUGGAAAGUUUCUUUGUGAAUGAAAGUAUAGUUCUGCAGCAAUUGGAUGCUCAUAAUAGCUGAGUGGUAGGUGCUACCAUCCUUACCUUUUUAACAGAUAAGGAAACUGAAGUAAACAGGUUAAGUGACUUGCCCAGGGGCAAUUGGCUUUCAAAUGUCAGAGGAAGGAUUUGAACUCUGGUAUUCUUGGUUCCAAAUCAAGAAUUCUAUUACUGCCCCACUUAGCUGCCUUUACUGGGGGAGAGGAUCUGGGUGUGUCAUUUUACCAAGGUGAAAGAAGGAUAAUAGAGUUCUGUGUAUAUAUAAAGCAUGCAACUGUCAAUAAAAAUAGUCUACUUUUUGAUCAAAAAAUAAAAUUCUCCACUGAAAAAUGGACUCAA